AUGGUUUCGGCUUCCCUGCUCAUUUUCAUUUUGAACUUUUUGGAAUAUAACCAACUAUGCGAACAAUAUGAACCUGUAAAUGCAGUGGACGCAAGAAGAGGAACCCACCGAUUGCUAGCCGAAGUGCAGCAAAUGGACGCAGUAGAGGUUGAUGAUGAAUCUAAUGAGUUCCUCUCUAUGGACUCAUCAGUAGAAGAAUGUUCAGAUAAAUCAGCUGAUGACCAAAUGGAAGAAAAUGAAAUUUCAUCUUCAGCAAAAUACUACGGAGAAAAAUUACAAGCCCUAAAUAGUGAAGUAAAAUACACAAAAAAGGAGACAGAAGAAAAAAUUUUAGAAGCAAUAAAAUAUGGAAAAAAAUACAACGUAGAAGAUGAUGUAGCCAUCAAGUACCCAAAAGAAAAAAAAAAAAAAAAAAAAAAAGAGAAAAGUGAAUUAGGAGCUAUCUUAUUUAAGGAGAAAUUUUUGAAAAAAAAGGAACUAGAAAAUAUGCUAAUUAAAAAAAAAGGGAAAGAAGUAAAGACAGCGAUUAAUUAUGUCCAGCAAAAACAUGAAAAACCCAUAUCACGAGUAUCUCCAGAGUAUUCUCUGAAAGAUAAAAACGGGUUAAAAUAUCCAACCCUCAGAAGAGCCAUCAUUAAUUCCCCCAAAGAUAGACUCAUACCCGAGGAGCCAAUGCAGAGGAGCGCUAAGGAAAUCUUCCUCUCUUUAAUUAAAUCUAAUCCGAAAAAAAUGCCUGCAAAUAAGCACUACAUUAUUAAGGAUUACAAGGAUAAAGAGGGAGCAAUCUACUUUAUCACCAAAGAGAAUGAGAAGGGAAAAGGGCCCCAAAACUGCAUCAUUAGAAAAAAGAAGAAAGAGAAGAAAUCCAAAAAGGAGGAGCAGGAAGAAGAAGAACAACAACAACAAGAAGAACAGGAAUUACAACUGAAUAAAGCCGAAGAGUUAGACACCCUUAUCAGCCCUAGAUGUGCAGAAGUGGAAGAGACCGAUACAGACCCAUACUACAUGAUCCCUUUAUUUGCAGAAAAGACGGAAGAACCUUCUCUAGUGUGGGAUACCUUCCCCGUCGGGCUGCACGAGAGGGAGGAAGCGAGACAUACCACUGAGGUACCUGAAGAAACGUAUGAAAGCCCUGAAGAAGAAAAAUAUUCUGACGAUGAAAAGGAAGUAGAAGAAGAAGCUGUUGAAGUAGUAGGAGAAGAAGAACCAGUGGAGGAAAAAAUGGUACAAGAAGAAAUAUAUCCUGAGGAUGUAAAGGAAGAGGAGGAGGAAGAGGAAGUACAUCCUGAGGAGGAAGCUGUUGAUGUAGAAGAAGAAGCUGUUGAAAUAGAGGAAGAAGAAUGUCCUAUUGGAAGGAAGGAAAAUGUUGAAAUGGAAGGAAUUCCUGAAGAAUUGGAAGAAUAUUUAAAAUUGUGGAAACUCCAGAUGCAAGGAAAAAAUCUCCUGAGAAAGAAGCAUUUGUUGAAAAGGAAUUUUCUACUGAAUUAG